UUAUUGGGAUUGAUUUAGGGACAACGUACUCGUGUGUUGGAGUCCAUGUGAAUGGCCGAGUGGAAAUUAUUGCCAAUGAGCAGGGUAACCGUAUCACCCCAUCUUACGUCGCAUUUACAGAAGACGGAGAACGGCUUAUUGGUGACGCAGCAAAAAAUCAAGCAGCGUCUAAUCCAGAAAACACGAUAUUCGAUGCUAAAAGGUUAAUAGGUCGCCGAUUCAACGAUAAAGAUGUUCAGAAUGACAUGAAGAACUUUCCAUUUAAGAUCGUCGAGAAAGAUGAUAAACCAGUAAUUCAAGUCAAAGUUAAAGGAGAGCUAAAAACAUUUACACCAGAAGAGAUCUCGGCUAUGGUAUUGGGAAAGAUGAGAGACAUUGCCGAGUCAUACCUCGGAAAGAAGGUGUCACACGCGGUUGUAACAGUACCUGCGUACUUCAACGAUGCUCAGCGACAGGCUACUAAAGAUGCCGGCAUAAUCGCUGGAUUGAAUGUCAUGCGUAUUGUCAACGAACCGACUGCAGCGGCUAUUGCCUACGGUCUUGAUAAAGGAGACGGGGAACGACAAAUACUUGUCUAUGAUCUUGGUGGUGGUACAUUUGAUGUCUCUCUCCUAUCUAUCGACGAUGGCGUGUUCGAAGUAUUGGCUACGGCUGGUGAUACACAUCUUGGUGGUGAAGAUUUCGACAAUCGUGUCAUCGACUACUUCGUCAAACUAUACAAGAAGAAAAACAAGGUCGAUGUGACCAAGGAUUUGAAAGCAAUGGGUAAACUGAAACGCGAAGUUGAGAAGGCCAAGCGUACUUUAUCAUCACAGAUGUCUACACGUAUCGAGAUUGAAUCGUUCCAUAACGGUCAGGAGUUCUCCGAGACACUUACCAGGGCUAAGUUUGAGGAACUUAAUCAAGAUUUGUUCCGUAAGACAUUAAAGCCUGUUGAUCAAGUGCUGAAGGAUGCCAAUGUGGAUAAAAAAGACGUCCAUGACAUUGUACUCGUCGGUGGAUCGACCCGUAUUCCUAAAGUACAACAACUAUUGGAGGAAUUCUUUAACGGAAAGAAAGCAUCAAAGAGUAUUAAUCCCGAUGAAGCUGUAGCUUAUGGUGCGGCUGUGCAGGGUGGUAUCCUUGGUGGUGACAAGGACGUUAAAGACGUGCUUCUGGUCGAUGUAUGUCCGUUAACACUUGGUAUCGAGACGACCGGUGGUGUGAUGACAAAGCUUAUUCCACGUAAUACAGUCAUUCCAACUAAAAAAUCGCAGAUAUUCUCGACGGCCGCUGACAAUCAGCCAACCGUAUUGAUUCAAGUAUAUGAAGGUGAAAGAAGUCUUACAAAGGACAACAAUCUUCUGGGCAAGUUCGAAUUGACUGGUAUUCCUCCAGCUCUUCGUGGUAUACCCCAAAUAGAAGUUACAUUCGAGCUUGACGCCAAUGGCAUUCUUAAAGUAUCAGCGGCUGACAAGGGCACCGGCAAAUCAGAAUCCAUUACUAUUACUAAUGAUAAGGGACGUCUCUCCAAGGAGGAUAUCGAACGUAUGGUCGAGGAGGCCGAACAGUUUGCUGAGGACGAUAGAAUACAGAAAGAACGUAUUGAGGCUCGUAAUGCCUUGGAAAACUUUGCGUACACUCUAAAGAGUUCUGUUGCUGAUGACGGUGAUCUUGGCAAGAAGUUGAAUGAUGAAGAUAAGGAGACAAUCAGAGAUGCUAUUAAGAAGACACUAGACUGGUUUGAGGAGCAUUCUAAUUCAGCAACAAAAGAAGACUUUGAUGAAAAGAAAGAAGAGUUACAAGCUAUUGUGAAUCCAAUUACCAGUAAAUUGUACCAGGAUAAUCAGGAUAAUCAGGAUAAUCAGGAUAGCAAGCCAUCGCCAGAUCCGCGUGAAGAACUUUAA